GCUGCUCGGCGUACUGCUGCACAAUCGAACGAGGGUCUCUCUUGCUCCUGCAGAUCUCGACGAAUGCUCUCCUAACUUCUCUGCUGUCUAUCGCAUUGUACACUACUUGGUCGUUAACCCUGCGCACCGAAGACAUCUACGAGGAAUAUGCGGGUCGUCGGCACAUUUCAUCCCUCAUCCUCCGUCUCGCGCUCCCUCAAAUGCACUCUGACGGCGGACCCGAGCCUGGAGUUUCUCGUCAUUGCCAAGACAGACAAGCUCGAAGUGCACUCCCUCCAGCCGGAAGGCCUGAAGCGGGAAUGCGUGUUGGACAUGUGGGGGAGGGUCGUGGGUCUGCAGGCCGUACCAGCCGAAGAAGAAGGGCGGUCGCAUAUUCUGGCCAUGACCGACCACCCCGAUCCUGAGCUUAUCCUCCUCUCGUACGAUGUGAAAGACGGCGUCGCUUCCCUCACCCCGGCAGGCCACCAUUCUCUUGCGGACCGGGCGGCACGACAGGCAGAGUUCGUGACCGACUUCCAGGUCGAUCCCUCCGGAACAGUUGCCGUUGCAAGUUGCUACACAGGGAAGCUCAAGGUCGUCACAGUGAGCGAUGGAAAAUUGGAUACAGCGUUUGACGUCUCGCUCCCCGAGCUCAACCUCCUGGCCUUCACGUUCCUACACACAGGCCAGGAAGAUCGCUACUCCCUCGCCCUCCUCCACCUCAACCAUCGCCGCCAAAUCCAGCUCCUCUGCCGCGAUGUUGACCUCGCCGAAUUCGAGCUCUCCCCCGUACACUCCAACAUCCUCCUCACAGCGACCCUAUCAGACAAGACUUUCCCCUCACUCGAGUCCCCCCUGAUGCUCGUCCCGAUCCCGCAGCACGAGACGGACGCCGACGAAGGCGACGACGACGCUCCCGCGCACCGCGGCGGGGUGCUCAUCCUCGGGGGCCGCAAGAUCCUCUUCUACGAGCACUCGACGGAAGAGCAGCAGGAGACACGCAAAGAGAAGCACCGUCGGCUGAGCAAGCGCCUCGCGAGCGAGGACGAGGCGAAGGCGCAGGAGGCGAAGAAGAAGGAGAAGGAGCGCGAGUCGAGGAGGAUCAAGCCCCGCGCGAGCGUGAAGUGGCCCUGGGCGGCAGUGACGGCAUGGACCGCCGUGGACGCGGAACGGAGACGAGUCUUGCUCGGGGACGCGUACGGCCGCCUCGCCAUGAUCGCGUUCGACGACGGCAAGAUGUGUCUGAACCUGAUCCCUCUAGGCGAAGCUUCAUCCCCAACGUGUUUGUCGUAUCUCUCGUCGCAAGUGCUGUAUCUCGGCUCGCAUUACGGCGACUCGCAGCUGCUGCGCAUCCACCCCACCCCGUUCGCGAACGCCACGGUCGACACGCUGCCCAUACCCAGAGGCGUGUCGUCGGUCCCGCCCUCAUCGCUCGCAGGGUCCGGAAAAGGCAAAGCUAAGGCGACCUCUGGGGUAGGCGACGCGGAAAGCGGCAGCGCGCGUGAAGGCAGGGUCGUGAACACGCAGGGUACGUUCCUCGAGGUGCUGCAGAACUUCGACAACAUCGCGCCCAUCAUGGACGCGGCGCUCGCGGAUAUAGACGGGAGCGGCCAGCCGCAAGUCAUCACUUCUUCUGGAGGGCGCAAUACGGGCUCGCUGCGCGUCAUACGGACAGAGGCAGACUUCCAGGAGCAGGCGAGGUUGGAUGGCUUGAUCGGCGUCACCGAUAUCUGGCCAGUCAAGACGCACUCUGCGGAGCCGAUACACACACACCUCGUCGUCUCGACUCUGCGCGAAACGCACGUAUUCGCGUUCGAAGGCAAGGACGCGAUAGCGCACCUCGACCCGUCUGUCGCAGGCUUCACCACGCACGCGCCAACGUUCGUCCUCGGCAAUAUCCCGCGGAGGGUAGUCUCUGCGAGCGGGACGUCGUCGUACGAACACUCGUCGUUGGUCGUGCAGAUUACGUCGGAGGGUAUUCAGCUGGUGGAGUAUGAGCCUACCUUAUUUGCGUUCGGGAAAGUCGGCCCGGGGUGGUAUCCGAAGCAGGUGGGCGGAGAGUAUGCAGGGCGUGAGAUCGUUGCGGCGGCGAUGAGCCCGAGCCAGUUUGUCGUGGGGCUGAGCGGAGGACGGCUGGCGCUCUUCAACCUGGGCCAGAAGGACACCGUGCAGUUGUUGACGACGCGCAACUUCCCAGACGAGAUCUGCGCCAUCUCCUGCCAGCCCUACGAUUCGUCCAAGAAUUACGCAAGCGCGAUCGCCGUCUCCUUCUGGGGCUCGAACAAAGUUGCAGUCCUCGCGCUCGACCCCUCAUCGCCCCUCGCGACGGUCUGUGACACCGCGCUGCCGACGCUACCGCGCGUGGUGCUUCUGCACAACUUCGGCACGGGCGGCCGGCCGAAGGACCCAGAUUUCCACCCGCACCUCCUCGUCGGCCUCGCGGACGGCACGCUCGUCACGUACGCGCUGCGAGACGGGAAACUGCACGAUCGGAAACAGAGUGGGCUGGGGAACGCUCCCGCGAGCUUGUCGGUGUGCGAUGUCGAUGGGAGGACGGUCGUGUUCGCGAGCGGGGCGAGGUCUAGCGUGUUGUUCUGGGAUCGGCAGAGGGUCCGGCCGUCCCCAGUAUCCGUCAAGGACAUGAUCAAGGGCGUGACUCUCAAUACUGCGGCGUUCCCGUCGUGCUUGGCUAUCGCGACGUCUUCGGCGCUGCUGAUUGGCACCGUGCGUGGCUUGGAUAAGAUGCAGAUCCGAACGAUUCCACUCGGUCUGGACAGUCCAAGAAGGCUAGGCUAUCACGCCGGACAGGGAGUGUUUGGUGUCGCGUGCACGCGCACGACUCCUGACAGGAUUGGUGACUAUGAGGAGGUGACGGGAUCGUUCAAGCUACUGGACGCGCACUCGUUCCAACAGCUGCACAACUUCUUGUGCCAAGCUGACGAAGAGCCUUCAUCCGUUCUGACGCUUCCGGCCCACGGGUCAGGGGCGUCUCCUGCUUUCGCCCUCGGGACGGUGUACAUCCGUCCAGAAGAGAGGGAGCCAUCGAAGGGGCGCAUCUUGUUGUUCUCAGUCUCGUCUACGGAGGGCGCACGGGGUGCGAACGUGCGCUCUUUGCAUACCCUCGCGUCAGUGAACGUCGGGGGGUGCGUGUAUGCACUCGCGAACCUCUCAGAGAACCUCAUCGUCGCCGCCAUAAACACCUCUGUCGUGCUCUUCAAGAGCACCGAGAACGAAGCAGGAGAAUCAACGCCUCUGUCGCUGGAGAAGGUCACGGAGUGGAACCACAACCAUUUCGUCACCAACGUCGUUGUGGAUGGUGAACGCAUCCUUGUCGGCGACGCGAUAAGCUCCGUCUCGGUCCUCAAGUGGAAUGAGCGGCUAGAACGGCUAGAAAGCAUCGCACGCGACUACGGCCCGCUUUGGCCAAUCGCGAUUGAGGGCACCGGCAACGGUCUCAUCGGCGCGAACGCGGAUUGUAACCUGUUCUCCUUCUCACUUCAAAGCGUUCCGCACCGAACUUACCUCGAAAAGGACGGGGUCUAUCAUCUCAACGACGUAACGAACAAGUUCGUCAGAGGUGCCCUGACAUCGACCGACGUCGCCGAGGACCAGGUCGUGAAAGCGAGCCAUGUAUUCUUCACGUCCACCGGUUGCAUAGGCGCGAUCUUGGACAUGAACGACGUCACGUCAUUACACAUGACUGCGCUACAGCGCAACAUGGCCAAGACGCUCACAGGGCCGGGCGGAGACAACCAUACGAAACUGAGAGCUCCCUCUACUCCGCGCGGGCAUACCGACGCGGAAGCAUCCUAUGGGUUCUUGGACGGCGACUUCUUGGAGCAAUACCUGACCCACCCGCAUCCAGAGCAGUUCAUGGAAGGCGAAGUCGAAGCGGAGCGCAUCACAUUGUCCAUCGACGCCGUUAAGGAUGUCCUCGUGCAAAUGCAAAGUCUGCACUGACGGUGCCUACAUGUCAGAUAGAAUCACGUAUUGUGUAGCAAACUAAACGUAGAGUUGUUGUAGUAUACGCUGUAUUCCUACCGGAUUGCCACAUUCC